AUGAAAGGAUGCCUGAUGAGAAUGGACAACAAAGGUCAAUAUAAUCAAUCAAAUCUAUCUAUCUAUCUAUCUAUCUAUCUAUCUAUCUAUCUCAGUCUGUUCAUAACUAUCUAUCUCAGUCUAUUCAUAUCUAUCUAUCUAUCUAUCUAUCUAUCUAUCUAUCUAUCUCAGUCUGUUCAUAUCUAUCUAUCUAUCUAUCUAUCUAUCUAUCUAUCUAUCUCAGUCUAUUCAUAUCUAUCUAUCUAUCUCAGUCUGUUCAUAACUAUCUCAGUCUAUUCAUAUCUAUCUAUCUAUCUAUCUAUCUAUCUAUCUAUCUAUCACAGUCUGUUCAUAUCUAUCUAUCUCAGUCUAUUCAUAUCUAUCUAUCUAUCUAUCUCUCUAUCUAUCUAUCUAUCUAUCUAUCUCAGUCUAUUUUAUUCAUAUAGAAAAGAAAAUGACUCAACAUCAGUUGUCAGAUCAUGUCAAAUGGAUAAAAAUUCAACUCUCACUUUCUCUAUCAUUCUCAAUCUGUUCAUCUCUCUCUCUCUCUCUCUUUCAUUCCCAUUUUAUUCAUCUCUCCCACUCUCAUCCUCAGUCUUUUUAUCUCUCUCUAUCAUUCUCACUCUGUUCAUCUGUCUCUUCUCAUUCUCAGUCUUUUUAACUCUUUAUCCUUCCCAGUCUGUUCAUCUCUCUCUCUCUCUAUCAUUCACAUACUCUUCAUCUCUCUCUCUCUCAUUCUCAGUCUUUUUAUCUCUCUCUCUCAUUCUUAGUCUGUUCAUCGCUCUAUUCAUUCCCAGUUUGUUCAUGUCUCUCUUUCAUUCUCAGUCUUUUUAUCUCUAUCGUUCCCAGUCUAUUCAUCUGCCUCUCUCUCAUUUCCAGUCUUUUUAUCUCUCUUUCUCUCUCUCUCUCAUUUUCAGUCAGUUCAUCUCUCUCUCUUUCUAUCAUUUUCAGUCAGUUCAUCUCUCACCCUCUAUCAUUCCCAGUCUGUUCAGCUCUCUCUCUUUUAUUCCGAGUCUUUUUAUCUAUCAUUUUCAUUUUUUUUAUCUAUCUCUCUCUCUAUCAUUCCCAGUGUGUUCAUGUCAUUCUCUCAUUUUCGGUCUUUUUAUCUCUCUCUCUCUCUCUCUCUCUCUAUCAUUCUCAGCCUUUUUAUCUCUCUCUCUCUCUCUAUCAUUCCCAGUCUGUUCAUGUCUCUCUCUCAUUCUCAGUCUUUUUAUCUUUCUCUCUCUCAUUCGCAGUCUGUUCAUCUCUCUCUCUAUCAUUCUCAGACUCAUCAUAUCUCUCUCUAUCAUUCUCAGCCUUUUAUCUCUCUCUCUCUAUCAUUCCCAGUCUGUUCAUGUCUCUCUCUCAUUCUCAGUCUUUUUCUAUUACUCUCUCUCUCUAUCAUUCUUAGUUUGUUCAUCUCUGUCUCCGUCUCUAUCAUUCUCCACCUUUUUCUCUCUCUAUCUCUCUCUCUAUCAUUCCCAGACUGUGCAUGUCUCUCUUUCAUUCUCAGUCUGUUCAUCUCUCUCUGUCAUUCUCAGACUCUUCAUGUCUCUCUCUAUCAUUCUUAGUCUUUUUAUCUCUCUCUCUCUCUCUCUCUCUCUCUAUCUCUCUCUCAUUCUCAAUCUGUUCAUCAUUUCUCUCUCUCUCCUUUUUAUCAUUUUCUCUCUCUCUAUCAUUCCCAGUCUGUUCAUGUCUCUCUCUCAUUCCCAGUCUUUUUCUAUUACUCUCUCUCUCUAUCAUUCUCAGUUUGUUAAUCUCUGUCUCCGUCUCUAUCAUUCUCCACCUUUUUAUCUCUAUCACUCUCUCUCUCUCGCUAUCAUUCUCAGUUUGUUAAUCUCUGUCUCCGUCUCUAUCAUUCUCCACCUUUUUAUCUCUAUCACUCUCUCUCUCUCUAUCAUUCCCAGACUGUGCAUGUCUCUCUUUCAUUCUCAGUCUGUUCAUCUCUCUCUCCUUUUUAUCUCUCUUUCUCUCUCUCUAUCAUUCUCAUUGUUAAUUUCUCUCUCUCAUUCUCAGUCUUUUUAUAUCUCUCUCUCUCUCAUUCUCAGUCUAUUCAUCAUUUCUCUCCCUAUCUCUCUAUCAUUCUCAGUCUGGUCAUCAUCUCUCUCUCUCUGUCAUUCUCAGACUCUUCAUAUUUCUAUCAUUCUCAGCCUUUUUAUCACUUUCUCUCUCUAUCAUUCCCAGUCUGUUCAUUUCUCUCUCUCAUUCCCAGUCUUUUUAUCUAUCUCUCUCUAUCAUUCUGAAACGCUUCAUCUCUCUAUCAUUCUCAGUCUUUUUAUCUCAAUUUCUCUCUCUCUCUAUCAUUCUCAGUUUUUCCCCUCUCUCUCUCUCUCUCUCAUUCUCAGUAUUUUAUCUCCUUCUCUCUCAUUUUCAGACUGUUCAUCUCUCUUUCUCACUCAUUUAUUCUUUUACUCUCUCUCUCUCUCUCUUUCUAUCUCUCUCAGUCUCUUCAUCUCAAAUUUACCAAUAUCUAUCCUCUUUAUACUUCUCUCUUUCUUCUUUCUUACACCCCCUCUCUCAUUCUCUCUCUGUAUGUUCAUCUCUUUCUCUCACUUCCCCCUCUCUCUCUUUCUUUCUGUUUCUGUCUAUUUCUCUCUCUCUCUCUCUCUUUCUAUCACUCUCCUGCACUCUCACUCUCUCUCUCUGUUCAAAUCUCUAGCUGUUCUUUCUUUCAUUCUCUUCAUAUUUAUCUCUUUCUCUCUCUCUCUCUACACAUUUCUCUCUCUUUGUUCUCCCUCUCUCUUCUUUCUCACUCUCUCUCUCUCUUUUUCUGUUCACAUUUCUCUCUCUUCUUUCUCACUCUCUCUUUCUCUCUCUCUUUCUCUCUCUCUCUCUGUACACAGCUCUCUUUCUCUCUCUCUCUCUGUACACAUCUCUCUUUCUCUCUCUCUCUCUCUGUACACAUCUCUCUUUCUCUCUCUCUCUGUACACAGCUCUCUUUCUCUCUCUCUCUCUGUACACAUCUCUCUUUCUCUCUCUCUCUCUCUGUACACAUUUCUCUUUCUCUCUCUCUCUCUGUACACAUCUCUCUUUCUCUCUCUCUCUGUACACAGCUCUCUUUCUCUCUCUCUCUGUACACAUCUCUCUUUCUCUCUCUCUCUGUACACAGCUCUCUUUCUCUCUCUCUCUCUCUGUACACAUCUCUUUUCUCUCUCUCUCUGUACACAGCUCUCUUUCUCUCUCUCUGUACACAGCUCUCUUUCUCUCUCUCUCUCUCUGUACAUUUCUCUUUCUCUCUCUCUCUCUGUACAUUUCUCUUUCUCUCUCUCUCUCUCUGUACACAUCUCUCUUUCUCUCUCUCUCUCUCUGUACACAGCUCUUUCUCUCUCUCUCUCUGUACACAUCUCUCUUUCUCUCUCUCUCUCUGUACAUCUCUCUUUCUCUCUCUCUCUCUCUUACACAGCUCUCUUUCUCUCUCUCUCUCUGUACACAUCUCUCUUUCUCUCUCUCUCUCUGUACACAGCUCUCUUUCUCUCUCUCUCUCUGUACACAGCUCUCUUUCUCUCUCUCUCUGUACACAUCUCUCUCUCUCUCUCUCUCUGUACACAGCUCUCUUUCUCUCUCUCUCUGUACACAUCUCUUUCUCUCUCUCUCUCUGUACACAGCUCUCUUUCUCUCUCUCUCUCUGUACACAUCUCUCUUUCUCUCUCUCUCUGUACACAUCUCUCUUUCUCUCUCUCUCUGUACACAUCUCUCUUUCUCUCUCACUCUCUGUCGAAAUAUUUUCGGGGUAAGAAAAUCUUUGGCGACUGGGACCUUCGAGUGGAACAGGUUGAAUUUCAUGAAAUCAAUUUAGCAGCUUAUACUGACCAAGGGACGAUGGUGGACAUCCAAGUGAUGAGAAAUGGAACUAGAGUAGUUCGGUAA